AUGAGCAAUACAAGUGGUAGAUCAAAAGAAAAAUCAAGAAACUUUGAUAAGAAGAAGUUUUCUAAGGAGGUUGUUGAUUCAGAUGAGGCUGAGAUACAAGAGUUGAGGAUGGAGCUUGAUGAAAAAUUAUCUUUAAUUGAAAAACUGAAAAAUGAUGGAGAGGAUGUGUUGCUGGUUGAACCAGAAGAUGAUGGUUCAAAGAGAAACCAGUUGAAUGCAUCUCAAGAAGAUCUAAAGAAAGCAAAGGAGCAGACUCUUCAGGAUGAGAAGGAGAAGUUGGCUAAGGAGGAAUCUGAGAUUGAAAAGUUUCAAGUUGUUGAAUUGGAACAAGCUAGAAUUGAACUUGUGAAGAAGAAGGAAGAAGAAUGGCAGAAAGAGCUUGAAAAUGUGAGGAACCAGCAUGUCUUGGACAUGGCUGAUAUUUCCUCCGCCACAGAGGAGCUUCAGCGAGUUAAACAAGAACUCAACAUGGCUUGUGAUGCCAAUAAGCAAGCACUGAAUCAUGCAGAUGAUGCAACUAAAGUUGUCGAGGUUCAUGCCGAGAAAGCAGAAGUCUAUGCAGCUGAAUUGACGCAGUUGAAGGCCUUGCUAGAUUCAAAGCUAAAAACUGAAUCUAGUAAUAGUAAGCUUAUAUUGAAGUUGAAAACAGAGAUAAAACAACUUAAAGUCGAGCUUGUCCCAGUUAAAGCUGAAGCAGUGCAGUUAAAAUCUGCAUUGGAUGUUGCCGAGGUAAGAUAUCAAGAUGAGUAUAUCCAAAGCACAUUGAAGAUUAUAAAUGCUUUUGAACAACAGAGCAACCCAUUAGUGAAGAAGUCAUAUGAGAAAAGUGUAGUAGUUGUAAAUGAAGUGAAGUGCAAGCUUUAUGUGAAGUCAAGUGCUAGCAGUAAAGUUGAAUGGGAAAGAAUUCUAGUGAAGGAAGUGCUUGAGCAGCUGAAAUGUUCAAGAGAAAGAUUAACAUCAGAAGAAGGAUCAAUUCGUCUUCAAGUAUUUGGACCAAACAAAUUGGAAGAGAAAAAUGAGAGCAAAUUUUUGAAGUUCUUAGGGUUUAUGUGGUACCAUUUAUCAUGGAUUAUGGAAGUUGUAGCAUUAAUGGCAAUUGUUUUGGCUAAUGGUAGUGGAAGACCUCCUGAUUGA